UCGCAUAUUUCGACCUCCAUUCAUCCUUCGACACUAGAGUCUCGAUUUUAACACUAUUUUCAAAUAAAUUUUAUUAAUUUACCACUUGAAAAGCUCAAACUGGGCUUAUAAGUAAAUACACGCUUUAAAAAGCUCGGCUAGUAAGUGUAUUAUAUAAAAAUAUAAUUGAAAAUGGCGUUGAAAUCUACACCGGUACUAUUCGCAAUGCUGGGGCAGCUUUCGAGGCGUAGUUUUUCGACUUCCAAGGCUUUGUCGGCUAAGCCUAUGACCGUUCGUGAUGCCUUGAACCAGGCAAUUGACGAGGAGAUGGAACGGGACAAAGAUGUUUUCAUUUUGGGCGAGGAAGUCGCUCAAUACGACGGUGCAUACAAAGUUACUCGAGGCCUAUGGAAAAAGUAUGGAGACAAGAGAGUCCUGGAUACCCCGAUCACAGAGGCCGGCUUCACUGGUCUGGCCGUGGGCGCUGCGUUUGCUGGUCUCAAACCCAUCUGCGAGUUCAUGACCUAUAACUUUUCCAUGCAGGCUAUUGAUCAUAUCAUCAACUCAGCCGCGAAGACGUUCUACAUGUCAGCCGGCAACGUUCCUGUGCCGAUCGUGUUCCGCGGAGCCAAUGGAGCGGCCGCUGGCGUCGCCGCGCAGCACUCACAGUGCUUCGGGGCGUGGUAUAGCCACUGCCCAGGCCUCAAGGUCGUUAUGCCAUACUCUGCGGAGGAUGCUAAAGGUCUCCUGAAAGCCGCUAUUCGCGACCCCGACCCAGUUGUAGUACUAGAAGACGAGAUCUUGUAUGGUAUGCAGUUCCCAAUGUCCGACGAAGCGCUGUCACCAGACUUUGUAUUGCCAUUCGGCAAAGCUAAGAUUGAGCGAGAAGGGAGCGACAUCACGUUAGUGUGCGCGGGCAAAGCCACCGACACCGCACUCCAGGCCGCCGCUGAACUUGCCACCAAAGGUGUUGAGUGCGAAGUGAUCAACCUACGCUCGCUCCGGCCGCUGGACUUCGCCACGAUCGCCGACUCCGUCGCCAAGACGCACCACCUCGUCACGGUCGAACAGGGCUGGCCACAGAGCGGCAUCGGCGCGGAGAUCUGCGCACGCGUGAUGGAGUCGCCGACAUUCUUCGAGCUGGACGCGCCCGCGUGGCGCGUGACCGGCGCCGACGUGCCCAUGCCCUACACGCGCAGCCUCGAGCUGCUCGCGCUGCCCCGGCCCGACAGCGUGGUGGGCGCCGUGUCCGCCGUGCUGCAGAACAAAAUAGCUCAAGCAGCCAGCCAGUAAUCGGGUAAUAUCAGCCAUACUCCACUACGCCUUUUAUUGUAAAUAAUUAUAUUUUAUUAUUUAUUUUUUACUUGUUUUCGAAAUGUGGCGUCAACUGCCUCCUGCAAUCUGAGAUGUAUCUGAGCAAUGUAUGAACUGUGAAUGGAGAAUUUAGAUAAAUAAUGUUAUAAAAAUAAAUCUGUUGUCAAA